AUGAGCGAGAGAAUCAAAAUCGACGAGCCGCUAUGGGAUCAAAACACGUUCGUCGGACGAUUCAAGCAUUUCCUGUGGAUGACCGAUCCCAGGACGUGCAUGGAAAACGAAGAGACGCUGAACAACGCCAAAUUGCUGGUCGAGAAGUACAGGAAGGGUCAGGAGCCGAAGGGCACCACCGUCGAACAGGUGAUAUACGCCAAGAAACUGUACGAAAGCGCCUUCCAUCCCGACAGCGGCGAAUUGCAAAAUGUCUUCGGCAGGAUGUCGUUUCAAGUGCCCGGCGGUAUGGCUAUUACGGGAGCCAUGUUACAAUGGUAUAGAACUCCAUUUGCGGUCGUUUUCUGGCAAUGGGUGAAUCAAUCGUUCAACGCCCUAGUCAACUACACGAAUCGUAACGCAAAAUCUCCCACCACCACUACCCAACUAGCAGUGGCCUACGUUUCGGCCACCUCUUCAGCCAUGAUUACAGCCCUGGGUUGUAAAUACUACUGGAGCAAAAGAGCCAGUCCCUUCGUACAGAGAUACGUCCCGUUCGCGGCGGUGGCGGCGGCGAAUUGCGUGAACAUCCCGUUGAUGCGGCAAAAUGAGAUUUUGCACGGCAUCGAUUGCAGCGACGAUAACGGGCGGAUCAUCGGCCAGUCGAGAGUGGCCGCUGCCAAAGGCAUUUCGCAGGUGAUCGUCUCUAGAAUAGUGAUGUGCGCGCCCGGCAUGUUAAUUUUGCCGGUCAUCAUGGAGAGAGCGGAGAAAUUCAGAUUCAUGCAGAGGAUCACGUUCUUGCACGGGCCCAUACAAGUGAUGGCUGUCGGUUGUUUCUUGACGUUUAUGGUGCCUACGGCGUGCGCCCUGUUUCCACAAAAAUGUUCUAUAAAAACCUCAACGAUAGCAUGGUUGGAACCGGAAGAAUACGAAAAGAUGAAGAAAAAUUGCGGAGAUAAAUUGCCAGAGCGGGUUUAUUUCAACAAAGGCUUGUAA